GGUGGCAGUAGUAACGGUUCGCUACUCGCGCGGCGCCCUUCGGCUCCGCUCCACUUCGCUGCUGCGGGCCGCGACGACGAUCAAUCGAGCCGGGCGAGAGGGGUGCGACACGCACACGCUCGUACGCUCCGGAUUUCCUGAAAGAGAUUUCCCUCGUCUGGAGCGUCACGAAUCCGGAGCAGCCACGACCGGCUGCGAGUCGAAGGGGAAUGCGAGGCGCAGUCGGAUCGCGGAUACGCAUCGGCCUCCGAGAGAUCGGCCUCGCAGAGCGGUAGAUUCCGCGCGCUUGAGAAGCUUCGGGAGAUUCACCCGUGUGACUCCGAGUUUCCAAGCGAUUUCCGAGGCAGAAGAAACGCGGGAGGGAGAGAGAAAGAGAGAGAGUGAGACUCGUUGGGGUUGAUCUUGGCCGCAGCCGAGUGGUAGCGAAACGCGCGAGUCCGUGUCGUGUGGCACCCACCCUCUCACUCGACUAUGUGCCGACGUCUCGUGGGUGCGAUCGGAACGCCGGGACCGUCGCCGUCGGCGAUCGACGUCGUCGCGACGACGACGGAGCGCAAGACGUGAGGCCCGUUUACGCGCGUCAGCUGAUCCGACGUAGACCGCGAGGGACAAAGGAGAUCCGCAAUGGCUCUAGUAAUGCUACCGUGUGACCUGCCUUGGUGGCCCGCUGUCGUAAAGCAGCUGGACAAGGCCGCCACGGCCAAAAACUCCGAGGACCUAAUAGACGCGAUGCAACGACUGCAUGACAUGUGCAACAUAAGCCUCGACCCCGAGGAAGACGUGCAGGACGCCGACCUAUUCUCCAUGUUGGGAACCUUCCUAGACAAUGAUCUCGAUCUCGCCGAACGGGAGCAGGUGUUCACAAAGACAAUACCGCGGAUAGUGGAACGGGCGAAGGCCUUAAAGUCUACGAAACCCCCGCAGGGUUUACACUUCAGUCUCCAGCAGCAAGGCGACAGCGUCGAGUACAGUUACGCCUUCGUCUCCUCCUUGAUCGCGAACGCGUUCUUCUCGACGUACCCGAAGAGAACCGCGAAGACUCAUCCUACAUUGCGCGAUUUCAACUUUACGAACUUCUUCAGACACCUCCAUAAAAACGUACAGAAAGCCAAACUCAGGAGUAUCUUUCAUUAUUAUAAUUAUCUCGAGACGGAGCAUGCACUUGACGGCCGUUUAAUAAUUUCUAGACAGGUGAUGACGUCUAAGCAGUGGCUGACUAUCGAAGAUUGGCUGGAGAGUAACGUACCCCUAUGUCCGCUGACGAUACGUCACGAGGGACGAUUGGAACGAGUCGAGGCGGAAUCAAAAGUACUGCAAGUUUGUUUCGCGAAUGCGAAAAUCGGCGGCGGCGUGCUUGAUGGCGAUGUCACGCAGGAAACUGUACAUGUGGCGACGCAUCCGGAGAUGCUCGCCGCGAUACUAUCUGUCGAGGCCUUAGAAGACAACGAAGUACUGAUAAUCGAGGGCGUCCGGCAUGUGUCGAGGAUAAACGAUCCGCGGCAUAAGGCGGUGUUCGAGGGUAUCCCGAAGCCGAACGUGGUAACGGUCUGCUGCAUAGAUCCCGAGGAUUACUCGCGAUUGCCGUUGACGCAAUUCGAGGAGGACAAUAUUUUGAGGGAGAUGAACAAGUCGCUGCUGGGAUUUCGGCAGAGGCACGUGCCCAGCAGCCCCACAGAUCCGAUCAAGACCGAGUCGGAGGCGGAGGUCGGCCUGGGCUCGCGCAGACUGUCGCCGAUCGGCGAGAGCUUCAGCAGCACCCCGCCGGAAACGGAGGGCGAGGACAAAGCUUUCGCGACGGGGAAUAACUCCAAGACAGACAAGCAGUCCCCGCUCGACGAGCGACACAGGGCGGAGAACAGACUGAUGGAGAACGCGACGGAAGUGCGUAGCAGGCCCAACGGUAAAUCGAUUAGACCGCCGAGCCCCCCGCACAAGGUGUGCAAGGACGCGAGUUACACGAGCCGAAAGAACAGAUUCAUCGUGCUCGGAUCUAGCGGCGAGGUGCUGCCGGUGACGCGGCAGCUCGGCCAGAUGUCGGUCUACAGCAGCUGCAACAGCCAGAGCACGGACAGUUUCCACAGCGCUAAGGAGACCAUCGACGAGGAGCCUGAGGAAGAGGAGCAGAAGGUGAGCAAACACUACAGCGCGCAGUUGGACACGCCCGAGAGAAGAGGAACCUUCGCGCAGCGACUAAAAGACGCUCUCAAGCGAGAGAGUACGGCAACCGGGGUUUCCUCCUCGAACACCUCCUCCGGCGAGAGCAGUUACGCCGUGGGUAUAAGCGUCAGCGGUAGCCACGUUGGCGAUCAAGACAUCAAGUUGAGAAGAGGAGGCUCGAGGGGUUUCGUUUUGCGGGACGAGACGGUGGACGAGGAGUUCCUGAAGGAGUCUCUGGAAGCGGAGCAAAAGUGGCUCGGCCGAUUCCGGCAGAGCCAAGGGCCCAUGUUCCAGAGGAAGGAUACGAGCGCGAGCAGCAAGUACAGUUUCAGCACCGAGUACAAUUCUGAUUUCUGUUCCGAGCUGGAGGAGGUCUACGAGCAAUUGUCAAAGUGGCUGGAGGAUCCGAUAGUGGCGGACGAGAGCCGGGAAUUGGACGCGAGGGAUCGCGCGGUCGUACGGUUCGCCGGCUCGCUUCUGAAACGCGCCCUGAGCGAGUCGUUCGCCGGCGUGCCGGUCCAGGAGGGCGAGCCGCAGCCGUUCCUCGACGCGAACGACGUGAAUCAGCAGCACAAGCUGGCCUUGGCCGUGAGGAGCCUCAGCUUGGAGCUCGCUCGGCAGAAGAAUCGGAGACAGCAAUCAGUGUCUGAGUCCGAGGGCGUAGAUCGCUACGAGGACGCCUUGUGCGAGAUGGUAAGAGAGGCGAGGGACGCCCAGCGUAGGAAACUUUGGGCUGUCACGUUCACGUCGGAAGCGUUCCAAACGUUGGUCGAUGACCACACGACCGUACGCCUGUCUACACCGCCCGCGUCCGAGUCGGGACGGACGGCGAGCGAGCGUGAAACGCGCGAGGCGAGCGCGCUCGGCGCCUCGGAGUUGCCGCACGAGAACAGUCCCCAAGGAGGAGGCUUACUUCCCGUGGCCACCGGCAACUGGGGAUGCGGGACUAGAUUGAAAGGCGAUCCACAACUGAAACUCGUCAUUCAAUGGCUCGCCUCCUCUCUGGCGGGCACACCAAGACUAAUCUAUUAUACUUCCGGCAAUCCCAGUUUAUCCAAGUUGGACACUGUGAGCAGAGUUCUGAUGGACAGACGUUGGUCGGUGGGCGAUCUGUCCGCCGCGACGCUCAGGUACGCCAUGCACGCGAUCGAGGAGCGGAUGGAAGGGAAAAACAGUCUCUUCGAGGAAAUCAUCGGUAUGGAUAAAUCGGGUCCUUAGCCCGAUUCGAUGCUGUCCGUUCUGGUGGACGUGCUGGCUACCAUGAUCGAAGACAGCCUAAUGAAAAACUAAUAUAUAUCAUUAUACACUCUUCCGCGGGCGGGGCAUGCAAAAGGGAAAGAAACAAACGGGUACUUGAACUGUAGUUAAACGUAAGAUCGAUAAUUAACUCGUAAGUCGUAGUCAUUGUUAGAUGAAAAACGUGUUAUACGAGUUUUAUUCUGGCGAAAGGGAGAUAAUGAUUUUACUCUUUUCUUUUUUUUUCCUUUUGUUUGAACUUUUACUCUCGUCUAGCAUAUCAAAAUGAUAUCAGGCAAACUCGCACAAUUCGUUGUACAAGGCAAUAUAUCAAAUAGGAAAUGAUAGGUAGUCGCUGCGAUAUUUUCUAGUCUGUGUAUGUACGUAGUGUAUCGUGCUGUCGAAUCAAGUUUUACUGUAAGGACUCAUCCGCGUCACAUUUCCGCGACGGAGGGAGAAAAAAAUAGCGUGAUAUACCGGACGUUCAGUUGUCAUUAAUGUCACGUCGUCGUAAGAGAGCGUGGUAUACUCUCUGCAAUCAUAUGUAAUAACGGUCUAGUCGUGUACGAGAGAGAGGUCAAUUCUGGUUUUACUUCGUACAGAAUGAGUAACUGGUAACGCAGUUACGUGCAAUAACUAAUGAGGCACAAUAUACUAAACUAUAUUUUGUACAAUAAUAUUUUUAAGUCGUUCUACACUUUAAGUCGGAGUAUAUAUAUUAUAUAUAUAUGUAACAUGCGAAUAGAUUUUUAGAGGGAAACUUUUAGUAUUUUAUAAUAAAAGACUAAUAUAGGCAAUUUUUUUAUGAAGGAAAAAACUUAUGUGUUAUACAUAAGUCGCUGCUAUGUAUGGAAUCGUAAAUUGAGGACAUAACGAGUGGGUAUGGCCUACAAAGGGAAUGGUAUGUGCUUGGUAGUAUAUAAAUCAAUUAAAAUGAGGUCUUCCAUUAUUAAAGCAAAAACGUGUGAAAGUAUCCUAUGAUUUAUAUAUUCUCGCUGUACUUCUCAUUCUAAGCAAUGAUAGGAGUGUUUUCAAAAGCAUAUAUAUAUACAUAUGUGAAGUAUACGAGUAUAUUAAUAAAUUUGUAUCCACACAAAUUGAAAUUUUGCAUCUAUUUGAGAUUUAUUAUCUGAUCGUAACUUCGGUAUAUGUACCUAGUUUGCAAUAUAAAUUUUAGUUUUCUUUUUCUUUCGUAUUAUAAUUCGACUAAACGCUAAAUCGAUGAUAAAGCAAAAAGAAAUCUCUUGAAACGCAUCACAGUUUUUAUUAAUAUCACACGUUAUUGUUAGUUAAUUGAAAUGUGUUAAAACAUACCAUUUAUACAAGACGGCAUUUAAUAAAUAUUACUUCUGAACGAUA